AGAGGACUGGAGGAGGAGGAGGAAGAGUCAGACGAACCAGCUGAAGGAGAACGUAAACAAAAUCUGGGCGAGUGGAAAUCCCAUCAUUAUUUGCUCUGCUCUCAUUUAGGGGCGUGUUCUUAUAUUGCACUGGUAACUCAUAACGCCAUAUGGAGCACGACUGGGGGGAAGAAAAAGUGCAGUGGAAAAUAGUCACGUUUAUAAGCUACAUUUGGUGAACCUGCUGCUAAUCUUUGCUGAGACUGACUGGCUGACUUAAGGGUGUUCUCUGCUGUGACUGACUGGCUAACUGACUGACUGAAGGGAGGUGACAGGAUCUUCCCCAUCAUGGCAGGACGGGCCCUCAAACGCCUCAUGACGGAAUAUAAACAGUUGACGUUGAAUCCUCCAGAAGGCAUCAUUGCUGGACCCACCAAUGAGGAAAACUUCUUUGAAUGGGAAGCUCUUAUUGUGGGGCCAGAAGGGACCUGCUUUGAAUGUGGAGUGUUUCCUGCCAAGCUGAUCUUCCCUCCAGACUACCCACUGUCACCACCCAAAAUGCAGUUUACCUGUGAAAUGUUUCAUCCAAACAUCUACUCGGAUGGACGAGUGUGCAUAUCCAUCCUGCAUGCUCCUGGUGAUGACCCGAUGGGUUAUGAGACAAGUGCUGAGAGAUGGAGUCCUGUGCAGAGUGUGGAGAAGAUCCUGCUGUCUGUUGUCUCCAUGCUUGCAGAGCCCAAUGAUGAGAGUAGUGCCAAUGUGGAUGCUGCCAAGAUGUGGAGGGAUGACCGGGAUCAAUUCAACAAGAUCGCUGAAAGGCUGGUUCGCAAAACCCUCAACUUACCUCAUUCAUAGUGAAGUCUUUGGUAUGCUCUUUUAAUUGUGUAUAAGACUUCUCAGUCUCUGUCUCUCUUUCUUUUCUCUUUCCUUUUUCCUUAUCUUUUGUCAUUGGCUUGCUCUAGGAGAACGUAUCGAGUGAAAGAUGGAGACGUAAAAUUAUAAUCAUGUAGUUUGUUGUGAAUAUUAUCAACAACUGCUGUACAUCAAAUAUGUUGUGUACUCAUUUUGGUAAGCAGGGUAGUGAUGAUGCUCUUCCAUUUUUGUGAAAUACUCUAGUGGUAGGACUGUGAGUGGAAUGUUAUAUCCUGCAGGCUUUCUUUUUUGUGCUUGGGCCAUAUGCAGGAGUGUGAAUUUUCUAGGGAAAUCUUCCUGAAUAGAUACAUAUGCCAAAAUGAAUAAGUUAAUUGAUAAGUAUUCAAAGAAAACUGUACAUUCAUCAAUAGGCUCUUAUAUAAGAUGCCCUCAGCUUAAGUUUUCCCCCAUGCUGCAAAACUUGUUUUUGUUGUUAACCUUUAUUUUAUACAAUGAUACAUAUCACUCAAGAGUGUUGCCAAGAUAAAAGAACCAUUUAAUAAUGAUGUUAAAUAACAAGUCUCUAUAAAUAUUCUUCACACUACUCUGCAUUAAAUAACAGACAAUCAUAGUUUUAUACAGUCUUGUAACUCUUGAAGGCAUAACUUCCUAAAUCAUGAUUGUGCAAUAAACAUUUAUUAUAGAAUGGGAAGAACAGCUUUUUUUAAAUUUUGGUUUUUAUUUAUGGAAACAACAGACACUUCAUACAUGCUUUUUUUUUUUUUUUAUCUUUAAUGUGUAUUUCGUCACACUCACACAUACAUAUGUACUUCACCAACAUAAAUCUUCAAAGCUUUGAGAACUAGGGUAACAGAGUUCAAAUAUAGAUAAAAGUAACAUUCUUUAAGUUACCUACAUAUACAUCUCAAAACCUUCAUCUUUUGCAAUAAUACAAUACCAUUUAUUGAUAUACAUACAUAAAUUACCACUGACCUUGCCUUUUCCCCCCCCAACCCCUAAAAGCCCUUCACCAACAUCCCUAAAAACAACUAACAGCUUUACUAUGACUUAUCCUUUCGUUUAUUGGCACGUGACCUUAUCUUGGGUUGCGUGGACUGACACUGCCCUUGGCUUGAGCUGCCACCACCAAAGAUUGAGGUCAUGAUUUCAGAGAGUUCUGGAGUGUCCAUCUUUGGCAUCUGUAUCUGUUCCAUCUCCUUGCGGGUUUCUGGGUCAUUGAGGCGUGGCAGGAUCAUCAUAAGCACCAGGGGCAGGACAGUCAUUAGCACCAUAGGGUUCAUCAGUGUGUCCGUGAGACGCCACUGCUCCCGUUGCAUAAAGUAGCGGUACGGACCCAGGCUCUUCAUCCGCAGAGGGUGGGGCAUCUGUGAUAGUCAGGUUUCAUGAUUAUAGUUAUGAUAUGCAUCUUCUAUUAUUUUUGUUUUUAAUUAAUCUGCCUGAUAUUUCAUUCAGGUAUUUGCAGUAUUCAGAUUUCAUAAGAACAGUUAUGACAAGACAUUUAUGAUUUGUAAGUUGUAAUACUAAGUGUUUGAAAUGCUAGUGAAGUGUCUCAAACAUUCUGGCUCCAAAAUGACAAAUAUUUAAUUGUUAAAAGAAAACAGUUAAGAAUUCUAUUUAUUUGCAUAAUGUUAAGACAAAGCAUGGGAAAUAUUGAAUAAAUAGUAAAGAAUAUA